GGACGUGUCAGUGUUAGCGCUAACGCUCGGCACCUGCUGCGGGUCCGAGGUUCUGUUGCCGGUUCUGCUCUUCGCCACCCCCCCUUAGGAAAUCAUGGACGAGAUGGAGGAAGAGCUGAAGUGUCCGGUGUGUGGCUCCUUCUACCGGGAGCCCAUUAUCCUGCCCUGCUCGCACAACAUUUGCCUGGCUUGCGCUCGGAACAUCCUGGUCCAAACCCCCGACGCCGAAUCCCCUCAGAGCAGCCGAGCCUCCGGGUCGGGCAUAUCCGAUUACGACUAUUUGGAUUUGGAUAAAAUGAGCUUGUACAGCGAGGCGGACAGCGGAUACGGCUCCUACGGGGGCUUCGUCAGCGCCCCCACCACACCGUGCCAGAAGUCUCCCAACGGGGUGCGGGUGUUCCCCCCGGCAGUCCCCCAGCCCGCUUCCCAGCACCACUUACUCCCGCAGCCCGCCUGCCUGGCCCCCAUCCCCCGCAACGCGUGCCUCACAUGCCCGCAGUGCCACCGCAGCCUCAUCCUGGACGAGCGAGGGCUCCGCGGCUUCCCCAAGAACCGCGUCCUGGAAGGGGUGGUGGACCGCUACCAGCAGAGCAAAGCGGCCGCCUUGAAGUGUCAGCUGUGCGAGAAGAGCCCCAGGGAGGCCACCGCCAUGUGCGAGCAGUGCGACGUCUUCUACUGCGAGCCCUGCCGCCUGCGUUGCCACCCGCCCCGGGGACCCCUGGCCAAGCAUCGGCUGGUUCCCCCGGCGCAGGGCCGCAUCAGCCGCCGCGCCAGCCCGAGGAAGAUCUCUACGUGCACGGAGCAUGAGCUGGAGAACCUGAGCAUGUACUGCGUGCAGUGCAAGACGCCGGUGUGCUACCAGUGCCUGGAGGAGGGCAAGCACGGCACGCAUGAGGUCAAGGCUCUGGGGGCUAUGUGGAAACUACACAAGGGUCAGCUGUCUCAGGCGCUCAACGGACUCUCGGACCGAGCCACCGAGGCCAAAGAGUUCCUGGUCCAGCUCCGAAACACGGUGCAGCACAUCCAGGAGAACGGCGUGGAGUUCGAGGCGUGUCUGGUGGCGCAGUGCGACGCCCUCAUCGACGCCCUGAACCGCCGCAAGGCUCAGCUGCUGGCUCGCGUCAACAAGGAGCACGAACACAAGCUCAAGGUGGUCCGGGAUCAGAUCUCCCACUGCACGGUGAAGCUGCGUCAGACCACGGGCCUCAUGGAGUACUGCUUGGAGGUCAUCAAGGAGAACGACCCCAGCGGGUUCCUCCAGAUCUCGGACGCUCUGAUUCGGAGAGUUCUGAUGACAGAGAGCCAAUGGGGAAAAGGGACGCUGACCCCCAGGAUGACUAGCGACUUUGACCUGACGCUGGACAGCGCCCCCCUGCUGCAGACCAUCCACCAGCUGGACUUUGUGCAAAUGAAAGGUACCGGCGUUCCUAAUGAAGUGUGCGGACGUGCGUUGAAAAGUAACUCCUCCUCCUCAGUGCCGGCCGCCCCCAUGCUCCAGCUGGAAGAAUGCUGCACUGAGAACAACAGCGCCACGUUGUCAUGGAAACAGCCGCCGCUCUCCACCAUCGCCGUGGACGGAUACAUCCUGGAGCUGGACGAUGGAGACGGGGGACCGUUCAGGGAAGUGUACGUGGGUGCGGAGACCAUCUGCACAGUGGACGGCCUCCACUACAACAGCACGUACAAGUCCAGAGUGAAGGCCUUCAACGGGAGCGGGGUGGGCCAGUACAGCAAGACUCUGAUCAUGCAGACGUCUGAGGCUGGACUCCCCCCCUGCGAUAUGCAAUCUAUAGGCUCAGUAGCGUGGUUCACCUUUGACCCCGCCUCGGCCCACCCGGACAUCAUCUUCUCCAACGACAACCUGACCGUGACGUGCAACAGCUACGACGACCGCGUGGCCAUGGGCAACACGGCCUUUUCCCGCGGCGUGCACUACUGGGAAAUGACGCUGGACCGCUACGACAACCACCCAGACCCCGCCUUCGGGGUGGCGCGGGCCGACGUGCUGAAGGACGUGAUGCUGGGCAAGGACGACAAGGCCUGGGCCAUGUACGUGGACAACAACCGAUCCUGGUUCAUGCACAACAACUCGCACACCAACAGAACGGACGGCGGCAUCAGCAAAGGCUCGACCAUCGGCGUGCUGCUCGACUUCACGCGUGGGAUCAUCAUCUUCCUCAUCAACGACGAGCAGCAAGGUCCCGUGGCCUUUGAAGGCUUGGAGGGCCUCUACUACCCCGCCAUCAGCCUCAACCGAAAUGUCCAGGUCACACUGCACACCGGCCUCCCCAUCCCAGACUUCUACACCCCUGGGGAGGUGGAGCCAAACGGUGCCAUGUGCUAGAAGGCGCAUACGACGCAGCUAGCCUCCUCUUAGCGCCACCUUAUGGACGCCCGCCUUUCCUUCGCCUGCCUUGGACGCAUGAAGCAUCAACACAGGGCUCCAAGCAACACAACAUACAAGACGUAGGGAGGUCAUUACUAUUGAUAUACAUCAUAAGAUUGUUAUUAUUAUGAUCAAUAUUGAUGUUGAAAUUAUUCAGAAUAGGUAUUAUUAUUAUUAUUAUUAUUAUUAUGUGGUGCAGUGUGUGAAGAGGCAAGCACAACAAGGUACUGUAUGAGAUGAAAUAGCGUAUAUUUCUAUAGGUGUAUAUUUCUACUUGAUCAUACUUGCGUCGCUGCUGUGAGCUUUUUGUGGUUUUGCGGGGGGGGGGGGGUAAAGCACAUGUAAUGGAAGCAUUUACAUUUUACUGUUUGUACAUUUUUGUAAUCUUGAAAAGGGCGUAUUCUAGCUGCAUAUUGUCUAACGUACGGUUACAGCUAUACUGCAGAUGCGUUACGACGCGGGUUGCGUGGGACACCAUCUCAUGGCAGGCGUGCCGAUUGGCGUACAUGCAUUCUUACAUACAUUUGACAUACUUACACAGAUACUGUACACAUACAUUCUUAUGUACAUUUUGCAUACAUACAUCUAACCAUAUUCUUUCUUACAUACAUUCUUUCUUACAUGCAUGCAUCCUUAUAUGGAUGCUGUACAUAUACAUACAUUUUACAUACAUACAUACAUUCAUAAGUUGGGCUCACACUGAUGCUUCCGGCGGCCGCAACGGAUUCAGUGUGAACUUACAUACAUUCUUACGUAUGUACAAUCAUACAUACAUGCAUACAUUCUUACACACGCCUAUUGGUGUACAUGCAUUCUUACAUACAUUUUACAUACAUGCAUACUUACACAGAUACUGUACACAUAAAUUCUUAUGUACAUUUUGCAUACAUACAUAACCAUAUACUUUCUUACAUACAUUCUUUCUUACAUGCAUGCAUCCUUACAUGGAUGUUGAACUUACAUACAUUCUUACGUAUGUACAAUCAUACAUACAUGCUUACAUUCCUACACACAUACACCAUAUGCAUACAUUCUUACAUAUACUUUACACACAUUCUUACUUAAAUGCUGUACAUACAUGCAUUUUACAUACUUACACAGAUACUGUACACAUACAUUCUUAUGUACAUUUUGCAUACAUACAUAACCAUAUUCUUUCUUACAUACAUUCUUUCUUACAUGCAUGCAUCCUUACAUGGAUGCUGUACAUAUACAUACAUUUUACAUACAUACAUACAUUCAUAGGUUGGGCUCACACUUGCUUACGGCGGCCGCAACAGAUUCAGUGUGAACUUACAUACAUUCUUACACAUGUACAAUCACACCUACAUGCUUACAUUCUUACAUACAUACACCAUAUGCAUACAUUCUUACAUAUACUUUACAUACAUUCUUACUUACAUGCUGUACAUACAUACAUUUUACAUACUUACACAGAUACUGUACACAUACAUUCUUAUGUACAUUUUGCAUACAUACAUAACCAUAUUCUUUCUUACAUACAUUCUUUCUUACAUGCAUGUAUCCUUACAUGGAUGCUGUACAUAUACAUACAUUUUACAUACAUACAUACAUACAUUCAUAGGUUGGGCUCACACUUGUUUACGGCGGCCGCAACAGAUUCAGUGUGAACUUACAUACAUUCUUACGUAUGUACAAUCAUACAUACAUGCUUACAUUCUUACACACAUACACCAUAUGCAUACAUUCUUACAUAUACUUCACAUACAUUCUUACUUAGAUGCUGUACAUACAUACAUUUUACAUAUGUACAUUCUUAUAUGUACAAUAAUACGUGCUGUACAUGCAUUCAUUUUUACAUACGCAUGCAUACAUUCUUACAUGCAUUUUUAUUAGUACAUCUUACUUACAUUCACACAUGCAUUUAUUCUUUAUACAUCUUUCACACAUUCAUAAAAACAUUCCUACAUGCAUACAGUCUUACAUACAUUUUACGUACAUACAUCCUUACAUAAGGCUGUACAUACAUACGUACAUUUCACAUAUGUAAAUUCCUACAUAGAUACUGCAUUCUUACAUAUGUACAAUCAUACAUACAUACAUACAUGCAUACUUUCCUACAUACACAAUACGCAUACAUUCUUACAUGCAUUCUUAUUGGUCAACCUUACUUACAUUCAUACAUGAAUUCAUACAUUGUUAUAUUACUUACAUUCAUACAUACAUACAUUACCUACAUACAGUAUAUUCUUACAUACAUACAUUAUUACUUAUAUACAUACAUUAGUACCUGCAUACAGUACAUUUUUACAUACAUGCAUUCUUACAUAUAUACAUUGCCUACAUGCAUACUGUACAUACAUACAUACAUUCUUUUGUUGCAUACAUACAUUCUUACAUACACUUACACUGUAGAUACAGAACAUUCUUACUUACAUACAUAGUACAUCCAUGCACACGUGCAUUCUUACAUACAUACUUACAUAUGGUGCUAGCCUGUGUUUCUCCAGCCAUGGUUCCUCACGCCGCCGCUGUUCGAAACCCACCUGGUAGACGCCACAAGAGUCCACUGAGCCAUCCGUGACGCGUGACGUCACCUGCUGCUACUUCUGUGUAUCAUGUGGACAUAUGACAGUAAGUAAAUGACACCAAUGAGUCAUCAAGGGUAGAAGGUGUGUUGUCAAGACAACAGCAUCACUCUGACGCGAGCAGAAUGGCUUUCAGUGAUUGUCGUCCAUUUUACUCUUGGACGUUUGAAUUUUGUGGACAGAAAUCAGCUCAUCGGUCUGAACGUGAACAUAAUGGACGAGUAGAUGAUGGCGAUCAUUUGUUAGUCGCAGCUUCUAUCAAUUAUUGUUUUAGUGCGCAGUCGCUGGGCGACAUUGGCUCUUAUAUAUAUCUACUGUAAAUGUACAUAAUCAUAUUAUACACAGUGUGCGUGUGUGUGUGUGUGGAAUAGUAUCUGUUGAUAUUAUUCCCAAUGAAAUAGAACAUGAUUUAUCUUCUAAGUUAAGUAAACACGAUGAUUAUAUGUCUCCUCUACUGCCAGGUGACUGCCAGAUUAUUAUUGUUUAUCAUUAUUAUUAUUAUUAUUAUGAUCCUUUGAGACUAAUAUGAGCCUGUGUUUUCUUGUAAAUGUGAAAAUUCAAUAAACAAGUGUCCACCAACGACUUCCAAUACCUCAGACUUCAAUUAAAAAAAAAGGUUGAAAUAUGUGCAUUAUAUUCAUAAUAAUUGAUAACUUAAUAAUAAGUGGCAACUUGGAACACUCGGAAAUUAACAUUUGUGGCCUUGGAGUACAUUUCAAACAUUGUGUAUUU